CGGCCGACCCUUCCCUCCUGAGAGAGGAUGCGAAAUGCGCAUGCUCACUCCUCCAAACAUGGCUGCCCCCGUGGACCUGGAGCUGAAGAAGGCUUUUGCUGAAUUACAGACCAAAGUGCUCGAUACACAACAGAAGGUGAAACUUGCAGAUUUGCAGAUUGAACAAUUAAAUAGGACCAAAAAACAUGCACAUUUAACAGAUGGAGAAAUAGCUACAAUGCCAGAAGAAGCACGCAUGUAUGAAGGUGUUGGGAGAAUGUUUAUUCUUCAACCAAAAGCAGUAAUUCACAAUCAGCUCCUUGAGAAACAAAAAAUAGCAGAAGAGAAGAUCAAAGAGCUUGAGCAAAGGAAGUCCUAUUUGGAACGUAGUGUGAAAGAUGCAGAAGACAACAUCAGAGAAAUGUUAAUGGCCAGAAGAGGACAAUAACUGUUUUCACAUCUGGGGACUAGUUUUCAGGAUUAAAUAGAAGCCGCUUUUAUAUUGGUGUUCAUUUAGCUUGGAUUGCAGGUGGCUCUGACCGAGCUCGUAACAUUAACACUGUCAGUCAAUGACUCUUCUCUAGUGGCAUAAUUGUAGACUCAGUUUUCUUUGAGUCUGUGAUCCUCCUACCAGGUUCAAGUAGUGUAAAUGACAGGAGCUAGUUUACGACCAGUAAUUUUGCUAGAAUCCAACUGAAAUAAACAUUAAUAUAAGAGCAACUGAAAUGGUACAUCUUACCUGUGCGAAGGAUCAUUUUCUUUUAGGAGCAUUUUGGUCCAGUCAGUGUAAGACUUCACAGCUAUACUUUUAUUGCCAACUAUUAAUUUUUCAAGAUCCUUGUUGAAAAAGCAAAUCCCUAAUUCUGUUGAUGUGGUUAAUGUAAGCAGUCCCAUUUUACUUUAUCACAGUAAUUUUAACACUGAACUUCUGGCAGCCUGCAUAGCUUAGAAGCCAUUUUUGUGUUUUCUGUGUAUCCUGAAGUAUAUAUAUGAGGUAAGCCAAUCUUGAGACAGGUUUAUUAAACACCAAUGUUCCCUUAAUCUGGCAUCUGUUAUGGAAUGUAAGAUUAUAUAAAUACGUAUUUGUGAAUAUCAGAUGUUUUGCUUUGAAGCAGUCUCAUUAUUUGUUCCACAUGAUGGGAAGAAUCUGGCAAAACAGUAAUAAAACCUCCAAUUACA